AUGUCCAAGCCAUUUGCUAUCAUCGUAGGCGCAGGCCCAUGCGGCCUCCUCCUAGCCCUCCUCCUCGCCAAGGCCGGACAUCACGUCCAACUCCUCGACGCCGCCCACAAGCUCGACGAGCAACCCAGAGCAACCCACUACGGCCCCGAAGCCGUAGAAGUCCUCGACAGUGCUGGCGUUCUCCAAGACGUCCUCGCAGAGGGCGGCUUCGUGCCGCACGGCGUCGCCUGGAGAAAGCCCGACGGCACCCCCAUCGCCGAGCUCCUCACGACCACGCUGACGAGCACCUCCAAGCACACCAUGGUCUGCCUCCCUCUCAACCACCUGGGCCGGAUCUUGUACAGGCAUCUGCUGGCGCAGCCGCGGGCCAGCGUGCUCUGGGGCCAUAGGGUUACGAGCGUGAGACAGACCGACGGGGAGGCGAUCGUCGAGGCGGAGGCGCUGGGUGAGACGAAGACGCUGGCGGCGAGGUAUGUCGUCGGCUGCGACGGUGCCAAUAGCCAGGUUCGACGAUCGCUGUUCGGAGACGCCGAGUUUCCGGGGUGGACUUGGGAUGAGCAGAUUGUUGCGACGAAUACGUACUACCCGUUCGAUAAAUACGGCUUCACAGAUAGCAACUUCAUCAUCAGCCGCGAGAACUGGUACAUGGCGGCCCGAAUCUCCAACGACGGCCUCUGGAGAGUAACCUACGGAGAAGUCCCGGACCUCACGAAGGACGAGUACCUCUCCCGACAAGCCCGGAAGUUCGAGCACAUGCUCCCUGGAAACCCCAAGGUCGACGGGUGGAAAUGCGUCAACUUCAGCCCCUACAAAAUCCACCAGCGUCUCGCCCCGUCUCUUCGACAAGGCAAGAUCCUACUCGCAGGCGACGCCGCACAUCUAUGCAACCCCUUCGGCGGCCUAGGCCUAACAGGCGGCAUCCUCGACGUCGGCGGCCUAUACGACUGCCUGCACGGGAUAGCCACCGGCGCAGCUGACGAGUCGAUCCUGGAUCGGUACAGCGAGGUGCGCAGUCGGCUCUAUCGCGAGUUUACGGACCCCGUAUCGACGGCAAACAUGCGGAGGCUGUGUAAGACGGAUCCCGAACGGGCGUUGGAGGAGGACGCGUUUUUGCGGAUGAUCAGGGAGAGCAAUCACGACCCCGCGGUCGCGAAUCAGUUAGCAGAGGGCGCGAAAGGGUUGAGUCACGACUUUACGCAAUACUACCAUUAG